CCCAAAAAAUAUCAAUUAUUGCAUAAAACACCUCUCGGCCACCUCCCCCCGACCCUCCCAGAUGCCGGCCACGGCGAGCGGCGGCGCGCGGCCGGAGGAGGCGGCGGCGGCGGCGGCGGCGGCGGCGGCGGCAGCGGCAGCGGCGUCGGCGCCCGCGGCCUCCUGCAUGGGGACGAGGCCGGAGGAGCUGACGGCGAGGCUGGCGGUCUCGGGGCCCGCCGCCCCGGGCGCGGGCCGCGGCGGUUCCGGCGCCGGCGGAGAGGAGGCGGAGCACGAGCGCGUGCGGGCGCUGCGCGAGAUCAAGAACCAGAUCAUCGGGAACCGGACCAAGAAGCUCCUCUACCUCCGCCUGGGCGCCGUGCCGGCGGUCGUGGCGGCGCUGGCGGAGCCCGGGGCCUCGCCGGCGGCGCUCGUCCAGGCGGCGGCCGCGGCGGGGAGCUUCGCGUGCGGCGUGGACGACGGCGCGCGGGCCGUGCUGGCCGCCGGCGCCGUGGGGCACCUCACCAGGCUCCUUGCGCACCACGACGAGAAGGUUGUGGAUGCAAGUGCUCGUGCUCUCAGAAUGAUAUAUCAAUCAAAACUAGCUCCAAAGUUUGAAGUUAAUAAUGGGAAAAACAUGGAUUUUAUUCUUUCCCUUUUGAACAGUGAGAACGAGAAUGUCACCGAGCUGGCUGCUACUAUUAUAUCUCAUUCUUGUGAGAAUAGCUCAGAACAAUUGUCACUAUGCAGUGCUGGAGUUCCACAGAAACUUGUUAGCCUUUUUGGAGGUUCUAUGAAUUUGCGGGAUGCUUGCUUAGAUUCUGUUACUGCAGUCAUUAGAAACAACAGUGAAGUUGCUUCGAGAUUUGCAUCAACGGACCAUGGAAAAGGUUUCCGUUCGGUAGUUGGGUUAAUACAUGAUCGGAGUCCACGCACACGACUACUUGCUUGUCUGUGCUUGAUAGCACUUGGGCAUGCUUCUCCCUGUCAUUUCCAGGACAAACAGAUUAAGACCAAGUUGAUUAUGGUCUUACUUGAGCUAAUUGAAGAACCCGGUCAAGUAGGUGAUGAAGCUCCCUUGGCGUUAACCACCCUGAUCAAAGACAGCCUGGAACUGCAGAAACAAGCCCUUACAACGAGUGCAGUUGAGAAGCUCAGCAACCAUCUGCUAGUAAAUUCACUGGAAUCAAGGCGAGCAGUGACCAUAUUGCUUGCAUUAUCUGAACUUUGCUCAAAACUGGAAGAAUCAAGAUCUCAGCUUAUGUCAGUUGAGGCAUCAACCUUAAUCCUUGAGGCAUUGAAGCAUGAUUGGGCUGAUAUCCGUGUCGCAGCAUGUUCAUGUCUGAAGAAUAUCUCCAGGUCACCGAAGGUACUCAGUGGAGGCCGAUUAUCCUGUGAUACAGUCAUUGGUCCUUUGGUCCAGCUUUUGCAGGACUCAUCUACUUCAGUUCAGGUUGCUGCCCUUGGUGCCAUUUGCAAUAUUGCUGUUAAUUUGACACCCAGGAAGUCAGUUCUUCUUCAUUCUGGGGUUGUCUCACAACUUGUUCAUUUAUCGAAGUCCAUGGAUCCAACAUUGAGGCUAAAAUCUGUAUGGGCUCUCAGAAAUAUUAUGUUCCUUCUGAGUCCAAAGGAUAAAGACUUCAUUGUUAAGGAGUUGACUCUAUCUACUCUUUCAAGCCUCAUAUGUGACUCCGAACAUUUUGUUCAGGAACAGACCUUGGCACUUGUGCACAAUCUUGUUGAUGGAUAUGUUGACUCUGCUAAUUAUGUCAUCGGCGAAGAUGGAAUGGUUAUCAAUGCUAUUGCAAGACAACUGAACAAUGCAUCUGCCCCGGGAGUGUGCAUUCAGGGUAUGUUUGUGCUUGCAAACAUUGCGGCUGGAAAUGAAAUGAACAAGGAAGCUGUGAUGAAUGUUCUUCUUCCUCACCGAGCUGAUCGCGUUAGGCCAUCCUUUGUGGUGAACUUUCUGCAAAGCAAGGAUAAACAGUUGCGAGUUGCCACACUCUGGUGUCUUCUGAACUUGAUUUACCCAAAAUGCGAAGCCUCAUCUGGUCGAGUUGUCAGACUACAAAAUGCUGGAGUGAUCCUGCAAGUGAAAAGCAUGAUAAAUGACCCAUGCUUGGAUUGCAAGCUUAGAGUACGAAUGGUGCUUGAGCACUGCGUGGACAAUGCCGAUGAUUGUUUCAUGUGAGCAACCGGCAUUUCAUCUAGGCAAUGGAAGUUUAUGGAACCAUAUUCAGACCGAGGGCGAGAAGAAACCAGUGUGCUAUGGUUGCCCUGAACUGUGGAACACGAGCACCCGCUGGAAGCUGCUUUGGCUGAUCUCUCCGGGUCGGCUCAAGCCAACUGCUGCCUUUUUUCGCACCAUGAGAACCCACCAAACAGGAUCUGCCGUGCAUAUUGUCGAUCAACUUGUUGUACCGUGCCAACCUCGAGAACUUGAGCUUCCUGCUCCAAGACUGGAUGAUUUAAGCACUAGCUACAGGAGCCCCAUUUUUCCUAGUGCCUUCCAAACCCGGUGCUUGCAUCGCGAUGCUGAGUGUAUAAUUGAGGGUCUGCUGUUGGUGUCGUCACUGUUGUUGUACAAAAUCUGUAUUUUUAUUCCAAUAAGGCCGUUUUACAUUCAUGGGUUAGUUGUUGUUCAUGGACUCCCAUGUUCCUGAAAAAAUAAGGGAUAUGCAGAAGUUGGUCAUGUGACA